AUGGCAGAAGAAGCCAUUAUACUCCCGUCAGAGCCUUUGCUUCUGGUAGACCGAAGCUGGCAACGCAAAGGGAAACUUGCACACACUUCAAAGUCCUAUGUGGGUUCAUCACGAGUCCCUGAUCUGACCGUCACCAAGCCAGCAGCAACGACCACCAAAUCAAGAAAGCGCGCGGCGGGCCAAGCACGGGUUAUUCAUCCUGCCAAAAGGCAGUCACGACAUCUUCGCGCGCAAUUUGUCGAGUACAAACCCACCACAUCCUCCAAAGGCAACGCGAGCAACGCAAACAAGAAUGCAUUUCCUGGUUCGGAACCUGCAAACCACCCGCAUGCUACGAAUCUCGUUGGAGGGCCUUUUCCGUCUCACAAAACUGCCCGUGAUGCCCAUGAAUCAGAGAGUACUCGCCUGGCACGAUCAGCAACUCGAUCAUCAGUACGCAGAAGCCCCUUGAGCAAUUCAACUGGUGCAUUAUACGCCAUAAUCGACUCAGAAGUCCAGGGUUUCCAAAGCUAUCUGGGUUACUAUCCAUCUCGUCUUGCCAAAUCUCUCUAUCCGAUGAGCAAACACCUCAACUUCAAGUACAAUCCUCUCGGAGACUUCUGGCUACCGGCUGCCGUUCAUGACGAAGUUCUUCUACAUACCAUACUCUUUUCCUCUGCGCUGCAUCUCCAUAGUGCAUCCCGAAAUCCUGACUUCGAAGGUUCACGCCAAAUCAUGAAAGUGAUUCUUGAUAAAUUAAAUCGAAGGCUGAGGGACCGAGAGCUGUCAGAUACGACGAUUGGGGCGGUCUCCUGCCUAGCGUCAUGCGAGCAUAUGGUGGGAAAUAACCGUCAGUGGGCAGUGCAUAUCACAGGCAUGUCGGAGAUGAUUCGAGUCAGAGGAGGCACUGCUUCCAUUCGGCGAGAGCUCCUCACUAAGAUAUAUCGUGCUGAUAUUGUUGGAUCCGUCGAAACUCUGGGUCAGCCGAAGCUACCUUUGCUUUCACCUGUUGGACCAUCUCUCUUCGAAACUCUACAGCUUGAGACAGGAGCCUCACAAAGUCUCCAAAAGUUACUAUAUGAAACCGGGGUAUCUACGCCACUUGAGAUCAUUCUUGUCAACCUUUCCGAGCUCUCACAGGCCAUUUCAGAGGCCAUCAAUACCCAGAUAUCUUUCGACCCAUUGAUUCUCGAUGAAGAAGUUGUUGGCGUUCAGCAGCGUCUUCUUGCUUGCAUCGACGUAGCUACAAAUCCAGUGGAGACGGUAUUGAGCAUAUCGGCGUUAAUCUUCCUCCAGCCCGUCACGAAAUCAAACCCGUUCGCCCAGCCCGCCUCACAAGUCAUGUCAGACGCACUGCAUAAGUCCUUGGAGUCGUUAAUAAAAAGCCAUCAUCUGCCGCCAGCUUUACUGAUAUGGGUUCAGGUCAUGGGAGCGUUGAUAUCUGAUGCUACUUCGGAGCGCACCUGGUACAGGACGAAAACUCAAGAAAUAUUGGCCGCACACCCGGGGAUUAACUCUUGGUAUCGACUCAAACUGCAGCUCAAAGACAUCAUGUGGAUAGACGAAAUUCACGACGAAUACGGAAGGAUCUUAUGGAACGAGUUAUGGUGA